CUAGAACGUUUCUUUCCACGGUGAGAAAUUUUCAAGGCUAGCUAGAGGAGCCACGCUCUUCGACGUGUGGGUGUACGAGCGUUCGUGUAUGUGUGACGCAGAGUACGCAGAGUAGUGACGAUCGUGAUGGUGUUCGCGGUCACCACUACGUACAGUAAUUACACGUACAUCGAUCUGCCGUCUGAUCACAUCAAGUAUUACUUCAACUCAUUUCCCACGGUGACCGAAGAGUGCCGCAAUAAUACCGCCUGUCCGUACAAGGAUAGCCUUGAUACCAAAGCUUGUUGGGGUUACGAGCCGAAUUGCAAAGACGAAAAUUCUUUUUCCGUUCCUCAAUGUCCAGGUGAUCACAGAGGAUGGGUGACCACGAAAAAAGCUCAAUUAGAGACGUUUUACGCUCAAGGCGAUUUCGGCUACGUGCGCGACCAAAGGAAAGAAAUGUCAAUUUUCUGCGAGCCAUUGUUCGUGGACGAUUCAUCCCUCGAAUGCUCGGAGCACAUGAGAUUCUGCCGAGCAAGAAACGUGAUGAUCAAUUUCACGGAUUUACUUGGACGAAACGAGCCCAUCAGAUACAAGAUGGACGUGUUGAAAGAGGGUGAAAUCGGUGGAUAUUGCACAUUGAACGAGAAAAGGCUGGAAGAGAACGCGGACCACAUUAGCCCGUUGCAGUCCUGGGGACCGGAGCUGCGAAAUUUUCGAAAGCUACCUCGUCCGCCGAUCGUGAACGGUGACUGCGAUAUCGUCGUCGAGAAGCCUACGUACAUUAUGAAAAUAGACGCCAUAGUAAACAUGUAUCAUCAUUUCUGCGACUUUUUCAACUUGUACGCCUCGUUGCACGUAAAUCUCUCGCACCCCGCCGCGUUCACCACUGAUAAUCAUAUAAUGAUCUGGGAAAGCUACAGUUAUCGUUCUGCGUUCCAAGAGACGUUCGAGGCGUUCACGAGAAACCCGCUGUGGGAUUUGAAAACGUUCCGCGGAGAGACCGUAUGCUUCAAGAAUCUCGUCUUUCCGUUACUGCCACGCAUGAUUUUCGGCCUUUACUACAACACACCGCUCAUUUACGGCUGUGAGAACAGCGGACUGUUCAAAGCUUUCGGCGAUCAUGUGCUGCACAGGCUACGUAUACCUCUGCACGAGAGGAAGAACCAAAGGGUACGAGUUACUCUGCUCAGCAGAGACACUCAGUACAGAAGAAUUUUAAACGAGGAUGAAUUGCUAAAGGCGCUGAAAGAGAAUCCGGAGUACAAAGUGAGAAAGGUGGUUUACAACAAGAAGGUGCCGUUCAAGAAGCAGCUAGAAAUUACGAGGAAUUCGGAUAUUUUGAUAGGCAUACACGGCGCUGGAUUGACGCAUCUUAUGUUCCUCCCGGAUUGGGCGGCUGUGUUCGAGAUAUAUAACUGCGAGGAUCCAGGAUGCUACAAGGAUCUCGCUCGUUUACGCGGCGUAAAGUACUUCACGUGGGAAAACACGUCGAAGCUGGUGCAACAAGAUCCCGGUACGCAUCCUGACGGAGGAGCUCAUGCAAAAUUCACCAACUACAGCUUCGACGUGAAGGAAUUUUUACGCGUAGUUUCUCAAGCGAAGGAUUACGUGGAAAAUCACGGUUCUUUUAAAAAAUUCAUCAACACCCGAGCAGAGCGUAAAAGGGCGGAAACGAAGAGUCAGAGUAGAACGAUUGGCGAUGUUGAAGAGAUCGAAACUCCUAAAUCGAAGGAGGAAAUCGAAUUGAAGCUUGACGUUCAGCCCAAAGAUGAAUUAUGAUGAACGUUUUAGGCAAAUUUAUUUCGAUCACAACGAAUGUGUGUGUGUGUGUUUUUUUUUAAUAAUAAUAG